GUGGGGGUCAGUUUGUUUAACCACCACAUCUAGGGAAAAAGGGAUAAACUUCAUCACAGCGAGAGAGAGAGAUUCUGCCCAUUCUCCCAGUCAUGAGAAUCUACACCACUCUCAUAUUCUGCUCCUUGGUCAUUGCUGGUGAGCAGCAGACCCCGGUGGUGUCCGUGGAGCCGCACAGUGCCGUGGUCAAGCAGGGCGACUCCGUCAGCUUCAGCUGCAGUGCUCAGAGCAGCACCCAGCCCGUGCGUCUGGAGUGGAAGAAAACCAACAACCAAGCGCUGUUAGAUAAUGUGAAAAUCGGCCAAGACGGCUCCGUCCUCACCAUCAGCAACUCCCGCCCCGGUAACCAUGGCACCUACCGCUGCGUGGGCACCAGCACGAAAGGGAAAUCUCAGAGCUCCGCCUCGCUGACCGUUCACUAUUCCCCAAAGGUACAGGUCACCCCCAAGAGCCCAGUUCGGGUGCGGACCGGCGAAGCCAUCAACCUGGAGUGCCAGGGCACAGGCAGGCCACGCCCAACCGUUACCUGGCACAGGGAGGGGGGUGAUAAAACGGGGACGAGCAGCUCCACCGAAGCCAAGGCAACGGUGCAGGUGCCGGCUGCUGGUCCGGAGCACGCGGGGGUGUACGUCUGCAAGGCGGAGAACAGCGAGGGCACAGUGGAGGCAAAGCUGGAGGUGAAGGUGGAAGGUGGAACCCGCACUCCCACCCCACCCCAAGCCUCCAUCCUCCAGUCUGACAUGGUGAAGGUGGAGGGGGACUUGGCUACGCUGCAGUGCCAAGCCACGGGGUACCCCACCCCAACUGUCAGCUGGUCUAAGCUGAGGGCUCCAUUGCCCUGGCAACACAGAGUGACGGACGGCACGCUGUUCCUGGAGAACAUGGGCAGGCAGGACUCAGGCCAGUACAUCUGCAACGCCACAAACAGCGCUGGCUUCCAUGAGGCCACGGUCCAGAUAGAGGUGGAGACCCCUCCCUAUGCGACCUGUAUCCCGGAGCAGGUGCGCGUGCAGGUGGGCGAGGCGAUUCGGCUGCAGUGCCUGGCCCACGGCACGCCCCCCGUGCGCUUCCAGUGGACCCGGGUGGGGGGCAGCUUGCCCCCCCGCGCCCAGAACACCGAGGGGCUCCUGCUGAUCAACCAGGCCAGACUGGCCCACGCCGGGACCUACAAGUGUGUCGCCUCCAACAAGUGGGGAUCCAGCCAGGCCCUGGCCAAGGUCACCGUCCAAUCUGCCUGAAUUACACUGAGCAUGCCCAGUGAGAAGAGCACAGCAGCCUACCUGCCAGCCAUUUCACUGCAGCUGCCAGAGCCAGCCAAUCACAGUUCACUAUGCUAGCAACUGCUUGUCUCUUCGCAGUAACUGUCCAAGUCAGCCAAUUACAGUUCACUGUAGUGUAAACUCUGCUUUUUCAUAACCACGGGCUUUUCCAACCAAUCACCGUUACUAUAUUGCACGCUCUGGCUAGCUUUUAGAUAACCACUGUCUUUGCCAGCCAACCACAGAUCACUAUACUGGACUACAUUUUUAAAUCACUGUCCUUGCCAACCAAUCACAUAGUCAUACUGUAUGCAGGUGCUUAUCCUGUGGGAAAACGCAGGAAUUAUUCAUAGAAGAGGGUUAAGAAUGAUACAUUUUUGUCUUUUUUUUAAACUGCAUCGGGAAUUUUGCCAAUAUAGCAUAUGUGACUAUAGCACUAUGCUCAUUACAGAGAUACACCGUUUUGUGUCAUGUGGAUACUGACAGAGUCUUUGGCUUUGGCUUUGGCAGUUACUGGAUAUGGUGUGUGUGUGUGUGUGUGUGUGUGUGUGUGUGUGUGUAUGUGUGCACGCGAGUGUUUUGCAUUGUUUGAGCUCCUUGUAUCUUUCCUCUGAAAUCUGUUACAGAGACAAUAAAACAUACACCCUUUCCUUCCA